AUGAUAUACAGCUGCUUCCACUGCGACCGCAUGGAGAACUUUCAUUCUCUGCUUGCGGGAGAGAAGCAGGUUGUUUUGGUUCCUCCGGGCCAACAUGAUGUUCUGAACUCCACAAGGUAUGCCACACAAAAGCAGUGGUUGUUAGCACCCGUGUCUGGUUCCCAACGCUACCUCGGCUCAACGCUGCGGUUCACCUCGAAGCAGACGGAGUGCACCAGUGACCAGAGUGCCGUGCACCCUUUCCGCUCGGCGGAGGCGAACCGCAAGGUCUCGCGAGGGCAGUGGCCCGACCACGUGGAUUUCCCCGUGCGCCGUGGCACGCUGAGGAAGGGAGACACGCUUUACAUCCCAGCCUACCAUUGGCACUGGGUGGCGACGUCCACGCCGCCUGCCAUGGGCAUCCAGGACGAGGGUCCGCUGGCCCUGUCUGUGAACUUCUGGUGGUGGCCCAUACACAACGACAAAGCCAUGGAAGAUUGGAGCUUCCAGAACGAGUGUGAGCCAACGCCUCAUGCGCCUGUGAAGGGAGUGACCCUGAGUGGACUAGGCCAUGUGGAUUCUUCAGGGAACACGAUUUUCGUUGAGGAUGUUUGGUGUUCUUGGUUUUGUUGA